AUAAUCAAACAAGUGUUUGAAUAAGGGAUAUUCUGCAGAAACCAAAAAUGAAGUUGUUAGCAGUGGUACUUGUAAGCUGUUUCAUCAUUUACGUGGAAUGUGUUAUACCAAAAGAAUUAUUGAGUGAUACGAUAAAAAGAAAGGAGGCCGAAUGGCAUGAUAAAUGUAAGCGGUAUACAGGGGUGGCUGAAAAUGUAAUCGACGAUAUGAAAGAUGGAAACUUUCCUAAUGACGAAUCGGCCAAGAGAUACAUUUCUUGCAUUUGGACACUAAACGGACCGUUCGAUAGAGACUAUAGAAUGGAUUCACUCAAGAUGCUGGAUUUUUUACACGACAAUCAUUUGGAAGAUGGAACUGAAUAUGUUAGAUGUAAUCAGGAAGCUAUAAAUUCAGGUGCUAAAAGCUUCGAGCUAUUCUGGAACAUGCAACAAUGCAUUCAAAAGAGUGUGGACUCGUCGAAAUAUUUACUCUUCUAAGAUGCAAGUUCUGAGUAUAAUUCAUAUGAAAUAAACGAAAUAAAUUGAAUAUGCAGUA